CAAAAACCCAGGAAAAUUACAUACUCUGACUAAAAUCUACAUGAACGCAUGAAAUAUUUUUGUAAGCUGUAAUAGUAUAUUAGAUAACAUGCCUGCGUAAAAAGAAAAGACCCAAAAAUCUCACAUGUGACCUUGAACCCGGAAGCAGUCAUAAGCAGCAGGUAUAUUUGUACCAAUAAACAACGACGCGCUGUAGUGUUCAUCAUUAGGAUGUUUAGAGAAGAUAGGUUCAUAAAGGUAUUGUAUAAAUGUCCUACCGUAAAUGUAUCAAAACUUAAUUUUUGUUUAGUAAUAUGAAUUGCUAAAAACUCAUUUAAAGGCAAUUUUCUUAAUAUAUCCUCAGAUUCCGUAUUUCAUAAUCGUUGCAUCUCGGUCAAAUAUUAUCAUAUCUUGUCAAGCCAUGCAUCAAUGGAAAGCUUAUUUAUUGAUUUAGAAAUCUGACCGGUUUUGUGGUCCGGGAUCGCUCGUGCAUUAAACAAACACUUCCCGCCUUUAGGGGGCGCUGUCGCACGCGCGGCGCACAGAGUUUGUGUUGCGUUUCAGCUGUAGGCGCUUAGAAACAUAGUUUGCUUUUCGCGUCGAACUCGACUUUAAGCGGCGGUUUCGAGCCAGAAACGCUCGUUCGUUUCCCGCGGCUUCAGCUGUCGUCGGCGGGAAGGCUCGUUCUCCCUCGGGAUGCUUCCGGGGAAGUUUCCCGCUGCGCUUUACGUCGCGGCGCUGUGCUGCGACUGGGUCCGGCUCGCCCUGGGCUGUCCCGGGCUGCUGCUGUGCCGCUCCUGCGGGCACGAGGUGGCGGAGGACGCGGACCUGAGGUUCGUUCCCAGCCGCCUCGCGCUGUCGCACCGGAACCACACGGCGGUCGGAGGGAAGCGCGUCUCCGUCCAGCUCUUCGAGAACCCGCGGGGCUUCCGCUUCGAAGUCGUGACUUUCGCGCGCGCGGACGUGCUGAAGCACUGGCCGGCGGACCCUCACUUCACCUGGUAUCCGGGUCACGCGUGGACCGUCGCCACCUGCCCGCGGUGCAAAACACACCUAGGUUGGGCGUUUCAGCCCAGCGCCUGGCCCAGGACGGUGACCCGGGAAGAGUUCGAAGGGUCGGACCGGACCUUCGUGGCGCUCGUGAUCGACAGACUCCUUCAGGAACGCUUCGCCUCGGCGCUGCUGAUGACGCCCAAGUCGUUCAGAAGCUGACGAUCAGCCCGAAACCGUACUUCACGCCCUUCAAUAAAGCUAUUUUUCACGGGGGAACGUUUAACCGCGACGGCCCUGGCUUUGUUUCUCGACCCCGAGGGUAAAAUACGGCUUCCCACCAACCAAAAAAACUCAUCGUAACCUUUAUUGCGUUUAACCGGACGAACGCCAGCGUUGGCGAAGCACGAGCCGACUCCUUUUUUUAAUAUUUUAUUUUAUCAAAAAUGUAAUCCAUUUCAAAUCUGGUGGAUGUCUGUAAAACAAGACAAGAUAAAAAUCAAAGACUUAA